CACAGAGCUGGGAAAGACAAUGGCAAAUGCAAUGAGAAAUCUUAAGGUUCUUGUUGUAGGUGGUACUGGGUAUAUUGGGAGGAGGAUUGUUAAGGCAAGCCUAGCACAAGGCUACCCGACUUAUGUCCUUCAAAGACCGGCGACGGAGAUUGGCCUCGACAUUGAGAAACUACAAAUGCUCUUGUCGUUCAAAAAGCAAGGGGCUCAUCUCGUGGAGGGUUCGUUUUCUGAUAUCCAAAGCCUUGUCGAUGCUGUCAAACUAGUUGACGUUGUCAUUUGCACCAUGUCGGGUGUGCAUUUCCGCAGUCACAACCUUUUAUUACAGCUCAAGCUAGUAGAAGCCAUUAAACAAGCUGGAAAUGUCAAGCGCUUCUUGCCAUCGGAGUUUGGUCUGGACCCGGCGCGUAUGGGACAUGCACUUGAACCAGGAAGAGUGACAUUUGAUGAGAAAAUGAGAGUGAGAAAAGAAAUAGAAGAAGCUAAAAUCCCCUUCACUUAUGUGUGUGGUGCUGCCUUCGCCGGUUAUUUUGCUGGCAACCUAUCACAGAUGGGUACUCUUGUUCCUCCAAAGGAUAAAGUCCUUAUUUAUGGAGAUGGCAACACUAAAGUAUCUAUUAUGGAUGAAGAUGACAUUGCAGCCUAUGCGAUCAAGACAAUAGAUGAUCCACGAACUUUGAACAAAACAUUGUACCUUCUUCCGCGCGAUAGCCUACUCACUCAAAGACAGUUGGUGCAAAUUUGGGAAAAUCUCGUUGGGAAGAAACUUGAAAAAAUAUCGAUUUCGAAAGAAGACUUCCUUGCCUCUAUGAAAGGUAUGGAUUAUGCAGGCCAGGUCGGAGUGGGGCACUUCUAUCAUAUUUUCUAUGAAGGCUCUUUGACAAACUUCAAAAUUGAGGAGGAAGGAGAAGAAGCUUCGAUGCUUUACCCAGAACUGAAAUACACCAGCAUGGACGAAUACUUGAAACUUUAUGCAUGAGAAUGAUAUA